AUGGUUACGCUGAACCUCUGGCUUGACAUGGAAUCGGGAAGAACGUUAAAGGAAUUGGGCGAUGCCUGCUGCCUAACAUUGAUAAGAAAGGCUCAACCAGUGUCCAAGCAAUUCGAAAGAAACACUGUGUCUUUCGAUGUAAGAGAAGACUUUCUGAUAGAUGGCGGUGCUUAUAUGAAAGAUGUUGUGGUAACUUUUAUUGACAAAAAAGAAUACAAGGAAAGGCGAGUUACUUUAUUGGGAACCCGGGAAGCACUGGAAGAAAUGAAACCAGGAGACCAUUUAGUAACAUUUGGUUUGGUAGAAUUUCAAAAAGAAACUGAGAAAGAAUUGAAACAAAUGACUAAAGAAGAGGAGUUAACCAUUUGA